GGUCUUUUUUGCAGGUACUGGCCAUGGUUUGUAUAAUUUCAAGCUAUGAAGUGAUCAAAUCCUUGGUUAUUCGAAUGCGAUUUACAUCAACAAUAAGGAAUAGAUCAUUAAGGCGAGAAAUAUUCCAAGUAUCAAUGAGGUCAGGCACUUUAGAAAAAAUCCUGUCUGUCGCCUCUAGCUCUAGGAGUUAAAAUUGAAAACUCUAUUGUGUACCCGUCGGCCCAUGUUGGUAGGAGCCCAAAAACUCUAUUGAAACGUGAGCUCAGCCCAUCUCGACAGUUUGCUCACACGCACGCUUCCUCAGCGGCUGGCUCUCCUCCCGUCUCCCUGCCUCCACUGCGCUGCGCUGCGCUGCCUCCGUCCCCUAGCUCUAGUCUAGGGUUUACCCCCGACCUCCCGCCCUCUCGCUCCCGCUCGCCGCCUCCCGGCUAGAUUCGUCGGCUCUCCGCCCUCCCACCGCCGGCCCGUUCUCCUCCUGUUGCUCCCGUCGCUGUGGGCUGUGGCGGUGAACCCGAGGGUGGUGGGUUCUGGGAGCGACGAUGAGGCCGGUCUUCUGCGGCAACUUCGACUUCGACACGCGCCAGUCCGACCUCGAGCGCCUCUUCUCCAAGUACGGCCCCAUCCGCCGCAUCGACAUCAAGUCCGGCUACGCUUUCAUAUACUUCGAGGACGAGCGCGAUGCAGAGGAUGCAAUAAGGCGGCUCGACAAGGCCGACUUCGGCCACGGCAGGCGCAGGCUCUCCGUAGAAUGGUCAAGGCAAGAGGAGCCAGUGCCCAAGAACCGCGACAGGCCCACAGGGGACGCCGUGAAGCCGACCAGGACCCUCUUCGUCAUCAACUUCGACCCCCUCCGCACCAAGAUCCGCGACAUCGAGGACCAUUUCCAACCCUACGGCAACAUCUCCAACAUCCGCAUCCGCAAGAACUUUGCGUUCGUGCGCUACCAGACGCUGGAGGAAGCCAGCGCGGCUGUCAAGAAGACCGACAAGAGUACGAUAUUGGACAGGGUGGUGACGGUUGAAUAUGCCUUCCGGGAUGAUGACAAUGAAAGAGAUGACAGAUAUGGAGAUUCCAAACAAGGCAAUGAAAGAUAUGGCAGUCCCAAACGAGGCAGUGACAGAUACGGUGCUCCAAAACGAGGCGAUGGCAGAUAUGGAAGUCCUGGAAGAGCGAGGCGGCGCGGUAGUCCUUACAUGCGCUCCCCUAGCCCAAGGUACCAAAGGGAUUACAGCCCAGAUUACGAUCGCCGACGUAACCCUGGCUAUGACCACCGCGAUGGAGCUCCAUACCGUAGGAGCAGAAGCCCUGGCUAUGGUCGUUACGACAGGGGCAGAAGCCCUGGCUAUGGUCGUUACUAGCUGAUUCCGUUUGAAGGAUCUUGAAGGGAAUCGAUGGAGGCUCGGUACCCUCGACUCUGUUUCUUUGGCGUGCUAACAGAGACUGGCGAGGCUUGACACGAUGAUAUGGCUGCCCUUUUUUCGCAUCAACACCUAGUGUAUUUGAGAUGAAUAGUUACAUAAUGUAUGAAGCUGUUUUGGGUGAUUGGUACUAGAUCUGAGCUGAUAUGGAUGAUGUACGCCUGUACCGGGUUACUGCCUCUUAACGAACGCCUAAGAUGAAGAAGUACAACCUGAUUAUUGCACUCUAA